AUUGUGAUUGAACACACAUUCGCACACGCACACACACACACACACACACACUGGAGCAUAGCUGAGAGGGAAGGACUGCAGCAGCAUGCAGCAACCUCGGCUGAGCCGUUCAGGGACUCAAGGAAGGGGAGCUCAGAAGAGAAAAUAGUGUGCUAUCACAGACCAGCCUGCAUGUACAUCUUUGCAGAGGUGGGAACGAUGCAUUUCAAGAGCGGAUGGCUUAUGUUAUCAAGCCUCCUCUGCACUGCCUCUGCAUCCUGUUCAUCCUGCUCCUCCCACUCCAACUCUUCCUCCUCCUCCUGUCUACAGCAUCAUUAGAUGGGACUACAGGCUGACCAAGACUGGCGAGCAGUGGACCACCAGGUUAUGCCCCUACUGAAGGAUUCUUCUGUGGCUAUGCUACAGCUACACCCUCACUGAUGGCUGGAUUUUAACUGACAUUCGGAGCUAGAAAAAUAGCCUUCAAAGUCGCGGGGAAUCCUGGAUCUGUAUGUUACCCUUUACCAGUAUUGUCAAUGGUGCAUUUCUUCUUUUUCUCUGGUUGUUUUUGCCUUUUCUGAGACUGGCUAGCAGGCACUGCAGCAUCAGGACCGCAAGAUCCAUGAAGUGGUAGGGCAUGAGGACCCAGGGGCAACCCUAAGGAAGGGCUUGAGUACUUCCAUUGCUACCACUGCUGAGGUGCUUAUCUUGAUUUUUUUUUUUCUUUUUGAUUUUCCUCAGAAAAGGGUGUCUGGUGGGGGUUGGGGUGGGUGGUGACAGCACAGGUACCUAAGGCCCUUGCAGAGCCAACCGGGUGGCUCCUGUGUAGACGAGGCAGGCAGGACGUCCUGUGGGAAAGGGGGAAAGAAGGGCUGGCUCAAGCACUGGGCUCCUGAUGGUGGCUAUUUUUGUCUCCCCUAGCUGAGUGAUUGGGACAGCGGGUGGAAGAGAAGAUGCUUAUGGCCCGAGACACGGCGCGGGAUGAGGCUCAAAAGCUACACAGGAAGUGGCUGAAGCACCAGGCCUUUAUGGCAGAGCUGGCCCGCAAUAAAGAAUGGCUGGCCAAGAUAGAACAGGAGGGUCAAGAGCUGAUCCAGGAGAAGCCGGAGCUACGUUCAGUAGUGCAACAGAAGCUGGAGGAGAUCAGGGAGUGUUGGUCCGACCUUGAGACCACAACUAAGGCCAAGGCCCGCCAGCUCUUUGAAAAUAAUAAGCCCGAACCGGCAGUUAAGAGCUACUCAGACCUCGACAACCAGCUUUCCCACUUGGAGCAGCAGCCCCCCCAGCUGGAACAGGCGCACCAUCUACCCACCUUCAAUGAGCAGCUCCAGAAAUUCCAGGCUAUGGAGUCCCAGAUAGGGGACUUCUACAAGGAUGUGGGGGAGCUGGGAAGUUUGCAGGGGCUCUGCCUACCCCAGCAAGGCCUGAUGGCUGGUGACAAGGAGGGCGGCGAGCAGUCAGGCGUGGUGGAGACCCGCAUUGUCCGCCUCAUUGAGCCCCUGAAGGAGAGACGCCGCAUCCUGCUGGCCUCCAAGGAGAUGCACCAAGUCGCCCAGGACCUGGAGGAUGAGAUAAUGUGGAUCCAGGAGAGGCUUCCAUUGGCGUCCUGUAAGGAUUAUGGGAAUAAUCUCCAGAGUGUACAGCAGCAUGUAAAAAAGAACCAGACACUCCAGAGAGAGGUGACAGGACGACGGGCUCGGGUUGAGGAAGUUCUAGACCGAGCUGGAAUCAUUGCUUCUCUAAGAACUCCUGAGGUGGACUUUGUGCGUGAAGGGGCGGGGCAUGUGCGCCAGCUGUGGGAAGUUUUGCAGCUAGAGACUGAAAGGAGGUGUGUGAUGCUGGAUGCUGCACUACAGUCCCAACAGUACUACAGUGAUGCAGCCAAAGUGGAGUCCUGGCUGUCAGGACAGAAACUCCAUCUGGCCAAUGAGGAAAAAGGCACGGAUGAGGCAACCACCCUGCAACUGCUGAAGAUCCACCUGGCUCUGGAGCAAACGGUGGAAGCUUAUGCAGAGACAGUGGGGAUGCUAUCCCAGCAAUGUCAGCGUCUGCUGGAACUAGGACACCCAGAUAGUGAGCAGAUAACAAAGCAGCAGUCCCACAUAGACCGGCUGUAUGUGUCUCUGAAGGACAUGGUGGAGCAUAGAAAGACCAAGCUGGAGCAGCAGUACUGGCUCUAUCAGCUCAACAAGGAGGUGGAGGAGCUGGAGAAGUGGAUCACUGAGCGCGAGGCGGUGGCCAGCUCCACCGAGCUGGGCCAGGACCUCGAGGAUGUGACGGUGCUUCAGGAGAGGUUCACUAAGUUUGCCUCAGAAACCAACAGCAUUGGUGAGCAGCGUAUGGACCAGGUGAACAAAAUGGUGAAUGAGAUGAUUGACUGUGGCCAUUCGGAUGCAGCCACCAUCGCCGAGUGGAAAGACGGCUUGAACGAGUCAUGGGCCGACCUCCUGGAGCUCAUGGAGACCCGUAGGCAGAUGCUGGCAGCGUCACACCAGCUGCACAAGUUUUUCACCGACUGCAAAGAGGUCUUGGCUCAGAUCGCAGGGAAGAUGAAGCAGCUGCCAGAGGUGAGGGCGUGCCAAGCCAACAUCACCAAUCCAGCCACCCUGCAGAGACUCAUGCACUCCUUUGAGCAUGCCCUUCAGCUGCUAGUUGCACAGGUGAGGCAGCUGCAGGAGAACGCUGCCCAGCUGAGGACCAUCUACGCUGGUGAGAAGGCUGAGGCCAUCAUGGUGAAGGAGCAGGAAGUGAUGGAGGCGUGGCAGGAGCUGCUGAGCUCUUGCGAGGCCAGUCGCGUCCAAGUGACUUCUGUUACCGACAAGGUGCAGUUCUUCUCGGUGGUCCGAGAAAACCUCAUGUGGAUGGAAGGCAUCAUGGGCCAGAUAGGAUGGGACGAACCGAGGGAUUUGACAGCUUUGGAAGUGAUGAUGAAACAACACCAGGAGCUGAAAGCCAAAAUAGACGGCCGCAGCAAGACCAUACAGCAGUGUGCAGAUCUCGGCAAGAUUUUGAUAGCUGCAGGCAACCCUGCAUCAGAGGAGAUCAAAGAGAAGUUGGACAGUCUUCUGACGAAGCAAAAGGAUCUUGUUGAAAAAUGGGACAAACACCAGGAAAAGCUACAGCGCAAGCAGGAAAACUUCCAGUUUGCCCAGGAGACAGUAAAGGCAGAAGCUUGGCUGAAGGCCAAGGAUCCGCUGAUCACCUCCAAGCAACAAGGAGGAGGAGAGGCUCAUGCCCAAACCGAUGAGGUGGAGCAGCUCAUACUUCGCCAUGAGGCCUUCCGCAAGGCUGCUGUAACCUGGAAAGAACGCUUCAGCUCCCUCCGCCAGCUUUCCGCAGCUGAAAAGAAAAAGGAGGAGGACAAAAGAGCAACCCCUCUCUCCAGUCGAAGGAUGUUCCCAUUAUCUUGUCUGACUCCCAGCGUUCCCUCAACCAGUGCUACCUCUCCUUUCCUGAGGCAGACGAUACAGGCUCAUGUAGAACCCAAACUCUUACAAACCAGUUUGGAUCUGGGUGCCACUGCUGCAACCCAGAGAUUGUCUUCAACACUAGCCAGCUACAACCCAGUUAUAAAUGGAUCAGGCUACCACGGACUGGAACAGCAGUGCACUGGGAAGCUGGUAAACACUUCAUACCUUGGGAUGAACAAACAGGCAGCUGGAGGUGGAAGUGACUCUGGUUUUUCUGCAUCCCAGAGUGGUGGAGCAGACUCCUCUUCUUACCAGGGGAUAAAUCAUCAAACUAUUGGCAGUGCAGAGAGUUCUGGGUACUUUGGAGUUACUGCUGGUUGUAUGGGUGGUAUGCAGAACCAUCUAGGAAGUGGCAAGUUAGGAAGUUCAGGUAACAUAGCUCAGCAGCCAAGCAGUGGAGGUUUGGGAAAUCCUAGCUUUCUGCCCCAGCAAAACAUGGGUAGUUCUGGGUAUUUGGCGCAACCACAAAAUUUGGGAAGUGUUGGUUAUUUGGCACAGCAGCCUAAUAUGGGGAGCACUGGGUAUUUGGCACAGCAGCCUAAUAUGGGGAGCACUGGGUAUUUGGCACAGCAGCCUAAUAUGGGGAGCACUGGGUAUUUGGCACAGCAGCCUAAUAUGGGGAGCACUGGGUAUUUGGCACAGCAGCCUAAUAUGGGGAGCACUGGGUACCUGGCGCAGAAUUAUCAGAGCAGUGGCGGAUUGGGAAGUUCUGGCUUUUUGGCACAAAAUCAUUAUAGCAGUGGAAGUUUAGGCAGUUCUGGUUUUCUGGCACAGAGUGGUGGCAUCAUGGACCCAAAAAUGGCAUAUGCAUGGCAGCAUCUGAAAGCAGAUUUCAUGCAGCCCAGGAUCAACCACAUCCACAAGGCUAUAAACCCCCUCCUGGAAGCCAGCAGAGUGCAGCGAGAACAGUAUGGGGACAUCCCAAUGGCAGAUAUGAUGGGGCCAGAGUCAGGCCUGGAGCUCCUCCACGGCCGUCUCCAGAGGGACCCCCGCGGCAGUCGCUCUGAUCCUCAGAUGGACCAUCUGAGGCGAGAGAGGGAGUACAAGCUGGGCAGGCAGACCUCCAGCGAACAGGAAAUCCAGGCCAGGCUGAAUGAGCUGCCGCUGAUUGUACGGCAGGAGCGCUACCGGAGGCGCGUGGAGAGGCAGUCAUCCAGUGAACAGGAGGGGAGCAACAAGCAGAGGCUACAGAGACAGGACUCAAGUGACCUAGAGGGUUCUGUGAAGGAUGGCUCUGACAAACGCUCAGGGGAGAAGAGAUCUACAAUGGCAGAGAUUGUUGAACAGGUCCAGGAAAGAGAGGCUGCACAUGCACGGGGAGAACCUUAUCGACCUCCCAGUAGUCUCUCAGCCCCUGUGACCCGCUUCGAUGGCCGUCCGCGAGCCCGAGAUCGCCCCAAGCCGAGAAGGCGGCCCCGUCCGAAAGAGCCAGAGGAAACUCGCCGUUCUCGCUCAGCCCCGGCAACUGGUGCCCCAACAACACCCCAGCCACCUUCACACACUGCCCAAAAUGAAGGCUUCCUCUACCGUAAGAAGGCCACCAGCACUGACCUUGAAGGUCAGCAGAGAAGUCCAAACAGCAAAUCUUGGGUGAACGUAUAUUGUGUGCUAAAAGAGGGAAAGCUGACUUUCUAUAAGGAUGCCAAGAACCUCACUGCAACGUACAACGGAGAGCAUCCCGUUGACCUGGGUGACUGCACAUUUGAUCCUUCAUUAGGAUACAAGAAGAAGAAAAAUGUCUUCAUUGUUAAAGUAAAUGAUGGAAACAACUUUGUAUUCCAUGCAAAAGAUGAGGAGGACUUGAAGGCUUGGACUUCCAAUAUCGCCACUGCUAUUUCCGAGCAUGAGGCCAUGGGCAAGUGGGACAAGCCAGGCACCUCAUCCAUGGACCCCGACCACUCAGAGAGGAAGGAGAAGUCAGAGGGCGACGCCGAUGCCAGGUCAGAGAGGUCCGAGCUAGUGGAGGGGGAGGAGAGGUCCGAGAAGGAGAGGUCAGAGAAAGGCGAUGGCUCUGAGAAGUUAGACACGUCUGAAAUCGCUGACAAGCUGGAGGGCGGGGCGGGGGGGUCCAGCACGUCUGGAAGGAGCAAAUGAGGAGCCCCUCGUGUUUUAAUGUUAUUCACUGACUAGAAGCAUAGGAGGCAGUGGGUGGGAGGGAUGGAUGGAGAGCAUGUUGGCAGAAACUCAGUCACAGAAGCUGAACGCACUGAGGCCACGCCCUCAGACUGACUCCUGUAACUGUGACGGACUAAACUCUCAGCCCCUCCCCUUCACCCAGGCAAUACAUCAGUGCUUGCAUUGCGCCCCCUGCUGGUUGACACGGAGGUUGGCUCGGACGGACGGAUGGACAGAAUCCGAACAAAUGGUUCCAGGAAUUAGUCACUGUCACGUUUCAUUGUUGAUCGUUUAAUCUCUUGGAUUCACAGCAUCUUUCUGUAUGUACCUUUGAAAAUGUAAUGCUCUGUCUUACCAAGACAAACCCAAGAAGUGGUGAAUGAAAUGUUUCACAAUAUU